AUCGUCGUGCGCAUGCAUAGUGGGACUCCUAAACGGACACGAACUGACGCUGUCCUGCGAGAGUUGAUCGCUUGCUGGUGGCGCGUGUUGUGGCUUUUCUAUGCCUGGGCGGACAAGUGCUCGGGUGUAUUAGGCAAGGCAGACAACGUGCAGGAAAGCGAAGCGCGUACGUGGCGUGCAUCAAUGAUGCACGCAAGCAUACAGGCAGCGCUGGGAGCUCACAUGGUCGUUCCUGGGUGUCGCUUGGAUGUGCUGGGAACGUGCGCCUGGGCCUGGCG